CGUUUUUCUGGUUCCUUCUUACUAACCUUAUCAUGCCAGACAAGAUUUCAAAAUCGGUUCAUCCCAAGACCACGCGUCGCAAGUCUUUAUUUAAAUCAGUUAUCGCUGGUGCCAAUAAAAUAGACAAACAUUGUUCUUUCUGUAUUUCCAAAGGUCAUCAGGAAUGUUUAUUAUCUCCUACCAAUUCUUCUCGCUAUUCAGAGUGCGUCAGGUUAAACCAGUCAUAUUGUGAUGUCCGAGGUUUGACUUCGGAGCAAUUGGAGCGUAUUGCUGCACAUCAUUUCCAUUUAGAAAAUGAGCUUGAAGAAGCUGAGGAAGAGCAUCGACGUACCGAUGCAAAGGUCGAGCGUCUUCGUAAGCAGAAGAAAAUGUAGUAUAAAAAGAUAAGACAUGCAGUUUCGCAGGGCAUUACAGACUUAGAGGAAUUGGAUCGUAUUGAGCGUAAAGAGGCAGAGGCCGCUGCUCGUCAG